UAACACACAUGUAGUCAAAAUGAGCGACUUCCUCAAGGUUUCAACGGUGCAGGUAGUGCAGGCAAUAGAUUUAGCUGAAUUAGACAAGACGUUAAAGUGGCUGGUCUCAAAGGUGCAGGAGUUGCCGACGGCUGAGCAGAGCAACCAGAAGACAAUUGCUGAUUCCUUGCUCCAAGAUCAAAUUGACGCUUUGCGGAGGGAGAACAACCACCUAAAGGAUGCGCUGGCUCAACUCCAGUCGAAGCAGAGCGACAUGGAGGUUCGCCUGGACACCAAGCAGGACCGCGACCAGGCGGACCCGGUUGACCCAAAUGAGGCGAACCUCGAACUGGAACGGCGCGUAGCGGCCCUGGAACAGCAAGUCGAGCAGAUGGGGCCCACAACAUCCGGCAGCACGGAUGCUGAGGAGGUCGCGGCUGAACCACGCAACGACGGGCCGGACCUGAACACGCAGUUCCAAGAGCUACUUGCUGGCCACCGUGCCCUCGCAGCGACGGUAUCCGGGCUGCAGCACGAGCUGGACUCCAAACCAAACCGUGGCGAGCUCGACCUAAAGGCCAAUAGGUCUGAGCUCGAUGCGCUGCUGCGCGCCGGUGUUAGCGCAGCGCCGGUCGGGGAUGUGGCGCCAGCGCAGCUGGCAGUUGGGGCGGAUGGCAGCGUGGACAACUCAGCUCUUGUGGAGGCGGUCAACAAGGCAGCGGCGGAGGUUGCGGCCAUGCGGGGCCAGGUGGCGGUGAUCCAGGACCGGAUACAGAACAAGGCCGAGCAGGGCGGCGUAGACGAUUUGGCGGCUCAGCUGGCGGCCAUCAAGUCCCGGGGCCCCGUUGCCGCGCCCUCCAUCGUAAGCCGUGCAUCGAUGGGGCCAGCAGACGCGGCAGCAGCUGCUGCUGCAGCGCAGGCAACUGGUCAGGCCCUCGACAAUGUGGUCAAACGCCUCGAGGAGCUGGAAGUCCGAGUUGCCGCCGGUGCCGCCGCGUCGACGCCAGGGUCUAGCACGGGCAACGACGACAAGGCGGUGGACGCAAUUGGCUCCCUUACGGAUGUCCAGCCCUUGCUGAAGGACAUCUACGCACGCGUUGACAGCAAGGCCGACAGGACUGCCCUGGAGGAGACCCUGCGGCGGCUGCAGGACCUCACGGCGGCGCUGGACUCCAAGGCCGACGUCUCGUCGCUGCAGGACAUGGCAAAUCGCAUGGCCAAGCUGUCAGCCCUCGACAAGCGGUCAUCGCUCUCGCAGUCGCAGCAGCAGCAGCCACACCCGGCGCCGCCCCCGGCGCCACAGCUGCCGCAGUGGCUUGUUUCGCACGAGGUUUCCGAGAACCCGCUGGCAGACCUUGCGGAGCUGCGAGCGCAGGUUUCGGAGCUGGCGGCACGGGUUACAGACCUCGCCAACGCGCCGCCACCACCACCAGCCCCAGUUCCACCGCUUCCGCUACCGCUGCCACCUGUGCCCCCGCCGCCCCCAAUCAUUGUCACUCGCAACUCAAACAUGAGCGGGGAUGGCGGCGGCUUGGACGUUGUUGCCUUGCAGGCCGCCCUGGCGACGCUACAGGGCCAACUGGGAGAGCUGGGCACGCGACUGGCGGGCAAGGCGGACGCUGGGGAGGUGACUCGGCUGGAGCUGUCGCUGAACAGCAAGGCGGAUUUGGACGAGCUUGCAGAGCUGCAGCUGGCACUGGGCGGCAAAGCGGACGCAGCAGCAGUGGGCGACCUGCAGAUGGCGGUCGCUGCCAAGGCAGACCAGGCAGCACUUGAGGAGGUCAAGCUGACGGCAGCCCUGGCGGCCGACCUCGCAUCUGGCUCCACAGGCGACGCGGAUGCAAAAGGAGGCACCUCUGGCGGCUACCAGAACCUCCUGGGCGCCAUUCAGGGCAUGGUUGCGGACAAGGCUGGCAAGAACGAGUUGGUGGUGCUGCAGAGCCAGGUGUCAUCCAAGGCUGCGGCUGACGACGUUGCCAUGCUCCGCGCCGCGCUAGACAGCAAGGCCUCGGCUGCGGAGCUGGCGGCCCUGUCGUCGCAGCAGUCCUUGCGGGCGGCCAACUCGGAGGAGAUUGCCUCCCUGGACCAGCGCAUGGGCGAUGUAUUUGCGGAGCUGGCGAAGAUUCGCGCGGACAUGGCGGCGCUGCCCGUGGAUGCGCUGGCCGCAGCCGCUGCGCAGGGUUCUGCACGCAGCGAUGGUUGCGACUCGGCUGGCCUGGAGCGCGUGGUCUCGGCGCUGAGCCGGGAGGUUGGCACCCUGCGUGAGGGGCUGGACACAGUGGCGCAUGCGGCGAACGUGCUGGCGGUGGGGCUCGACAGCAGCAUGUACACGAGCAGCUCGGGGAUAAGCAACAGCGGCUUGGAGACUCGCUACAGCGAUGCAGGCGGUGCUGGGGGUAAGGAGAACCGGUCUCCACGCGGCGGCUACGAACGGCUUCUCAAGCUGCUUGGCAGUGGCGAGUACCGGCACAAGAUGGACGCCUUCGACCCCACGGCGCUUCAGCAAAUGGCGCAAAAGCUCGCGUACCUGGAGGCAACCGUCAAAUCGCCGGCUAUGGGACGCAUCGGCGCGGGCGGCGUGGGUGGCGUCGAUUAUGGCAUCAAAGAGCUGGAGCGGCAAGUCAAGCGCCUGGCUACGGACGUUCGCCUCAUGAAGGACAAGGUAAUCGACCCGGUUGCUGUACUACCGAACCCGCGGAUGAACCCUGGCGAUCAUGCCAUGCUCGCUGCCCGCCCCAUCACGGGCUAUCGCUGCAUGGCAUGCGAUCGGCCCCUCGACCAGCUGGACGUACUGCCUGGGCCGCACAUUCCUACGCAGCAGCUACCGAUACGCGUACCUGCGGCUUCCGACACGGCGACGCGCACGCAAGUGCGCAGCGGCCGCGGUGAUCCGCUUAGCCCGCAGUCGUCGUCGCAGCGGCUUCCGUACAACAACGACCUCAAUGUGCGGAACGUUCAAAACUGGUACAAGGACACAACAGUGGUUGCAGCUGAGGCACUUCCGCGCGAGCACGUGGGACCGCACCUGCCCCCGGGUGGUUGGCGCCCAAGCAACCCUGGGUCCGUGAGCAAGCCGCCGCCCAUGGCGCAGGGCAGCUUGCCCGCACUCAGCGGCCAGAGGCGAGGAUCACCGACCGAGUUUGAACAGAAGCAACCAUCAAUGAUUGCACCGUCAAUGGACGGCGUUGGGGCCAACGUAACGCUGCCGCAGAUAUCGUAACUUUGUGCUAUGUCACGCACUUCCAGGCUGCCGGGCUUGGUUAUGACGUGCUAGUACUUGCCUUCGGUGUGUUUGUACGGUAGCAGGGCAGUGUAAUGGCCAGGGUGCAUAUCUUUUACAACUGCAUAGAUGCUGGAGGAGCAAAGUCGCAGUCACCAAGAAUUGCAUGGAGGGCACCCGUGCUUGCCGAUGUCAUUUGGCAGGGGUUACAUAAGUAAUAUGACCAGCACUUUAACGGCAGGCGGUUGGCCAUGUCAUGUUAACUCCCGCAUUUGCAGCGGGUGUAGAGUUAUUAGCAA